CUCUCUCAUUCAGUUGGUCUCUUCCCCUCCCUCCUUUCUCACAUUGUACUCUCUCUCUCUUUCUCUCUCUCUCCAUUUGGAGCUCCUAGAUUCACUGCUGAGGUCUUCAGCUUAAGCUCUUCUGUGAUUUUUGACGGACACAUCCAGGACCUCGGCUGUAUCAGGAUGAACUCUAUAUUAACGGCCACCCAGAGCGCUGAAAAAGAGUUUGAGGAGCAACACAAGACAAACUGACACAGAUUGAGAGAGAGAGAGAGAGAGAGAAGAAGGGAUUUCUUUCCGAGAGGGAUUCCCCCACCCAGGGAAACGGAGGUGUGCUGGCAAACUGUCGCGUCAUGAACAGAAGCUGGAGAUAAAGAUGACAUCUGGAAGCAGCUGAAGCUGUCAGGCUUCAUGUCUCCAUCCUCCCCUGAGGGAGGACAAGAAGAUGAGUGUCACCAAUCAUCCCUCCAUCAACAUCCUGACCAUCAUCUUCCUGGUUCUGUCUAGUACAGCUCUCUCUGCUCACUUUCGGGUGUGUGAGCCUUACACCGAUCACAAGGGGCGCUACCACUUUGGAUUUCACUGUCCUCGUCUCUCGGACAACAAGACGUACAUGUUCUGUUGCCACCAUAACAACACGGCCUUCAAGUACUGCUGCAACGAGACCGAGUUUCAAACAGUCAUGCAGGUCAACCUGACCACGUCUCCAGACGGCUACGCUCACAACAAUUACUCUGCAUUAAUCGGCGUGUGGAUCUACGGAUUCUUCGUCAUGGUGCUGCUAGCGCUUGAUUUUCUGUAUUACUCAGCCAUGAACUACGAGGUGUGCCGGGUUUAUCUGGAGAAGUGUGGGUUGGGUGGCCGUUGGCUAAAACAGGCCCGUGGUCAGUGGCACGGCGAAGGGCAGGAGGAGAGGGACGGACGGCCAGCUCAACCCGCAGCUCCGUCAGAACCUCAAGAGCAACAUCAUGAACACAGCUGCGGUCAGAUCAGACACAGCCUGAUGGGAGACACACAGAGCCCAGCACAGACCGCGCACAACACCACAACAGCCUGAGACUGACCAAAUGCAAGGAACAACUGUUGGAGUCCCCUGGUGAGGAAGUGCAUUGUGGGAAGUGUAGUACAUGCCCCUGCCACAUGGACCUACAUGUCACAGGGGCCCAUUGGCCCCAAGCCUCUCGAUGUGGCCCAAAUCUCACAGAGCACAACCUCCAACAACCCCUUGACAAACCCAGAACCUCAACUCAGAGCCAACUGGAAAUGGUCCAGUGGUGGAACAAGACAUUCUGAAGAGCAGCUGUAGCGAGAUUUGUGCAACUCCAGAACCAGACUUCAGACCAAACUGGACUUCGAUAGACACAGAACUCACCCAAGACUUCUUUGGAGGACCUAUGUAGCCGUUUCUGCACCAUUUUGUGAGCUGUUCUGGAUUAAACUCUCUGUAACUGUGCAGUGUCGGUUUAUUUAUUCGUAGUCAGGGAAAACGUUGAGUGAUGAAUGAAGACGUCAAACAUCAUUUAAAAGAUCCAAGCACUCUCAUAACUCAAUACUAGAAGUUUAAUGACCUUUUUGCGUAAAUAUCAAAACUCACAUGUCGUGGGUGGUUUUGCAGUGAAGAUGUGAAAUGAAAUAGUAUGGUGAAUGUCUGUUUUUGACUACUGUUGUGAUUUGACAUUUUCUCAUCUGUAAGAAUCAGUGAGGUAGCAAAUUGUGUUAAAUUGCAUUUUUUUUAAUCACCCCACACAUUUUGUUUCAUGGCCUGUAGAGUUCAUUGUGUAUGUUUGUCAGGGUGUUUUGAGACCUGAAGAGGUUUUGUUCAGCGGUACACACUCUAUUAUUGAUAUUGAUCGGUUGAGUUCAUUUAGACUUUAGUUUCUGAGUGAAAUGCCAAAAUAAAACAAGAUUGCACACUCCUUUGAACAUGACAAAGCAGACAGUCACACACUUACAGAAAUGUCAGCAAAGAGGAAAAUAAUUUACAUUCCCUUUGUUUACCUUGAUUUUGUAAGGAAGGCAUUACCCAGCUAACAAUGUUCUUAGAAUGCUUUGCUAGCAUUCCCAUAAACAUGUUAUUUUUGCAUAUUAUCUCAACAUUCAAAAAUGUUAUGUUUUUUAAAUAUUUUUAAAAAGUUACUGUUAUGUGAACAUUAAAGGAAUAUUACAUUUUAUAAAUUUCCACACAUUAUGUGAAUGUUACUUUAGUAUGUCCUCUGAACAUUCUAAGUAACAUUUAAAAAAAAAUUGUUUUAGAAAUGAAAAAUUCCAUGAAAAAUGUAGAAAUAAUGUUUUUAUGCUAACAUUUUGAAAACAUUAUUAAAGACUAAAUAACUGUGAAUGAAUAUUCUAUUAUUAUUAAUGGACUGGAAGAACAUUUGUUCAUAACUUUAAAUUAAUCUUGCCAAACAUUAGCCAAAGUUCUGAAAACAUUCAUUGUUAGCUGGGUAUAAGCUUCUCAUGCUUGUUGAAAUUUAGCUAAACUUGAUAUAGCCAAGUAGAACAUGUUCUUUCAUCAACAUGCUCGCUUGUUCUGUAGGAACAUUACUGUCAACCAAUCCGAUUUUUUCGAUGAUUUUUGGAUUUGGUCAAUGACUCUUUAAUGGGAAUGUUACAAAAACAACAAAAGACCAAGGAAAAUCUAGGCCUACUUAGCUAAUUUCCAGAUUUCAUUGAAAACAGAACAAGAUUGCUCAAGUCUAACAUAAACUUAUUUCACGUGCACUGAUAGCAGCAAGCUGAAGGGUGUAAAACAAGCUCUCCAGUCUUCGAUUCUGCAACAAACUGGUUAUAAAGAGUGUUUUGAGCAAUAAGUUUAGAAUAUGCCUGUUGGUUGGAGUCCACAACGCAGUUGUUGGCAGACAGCAUCCCAAUUACACUCAUACAGGAGAUCAGUGUCAUCGUGUCAUCUUUGAAAUAAAGUAGUUUGUGGUUCAGAAACGAGCUCAAGGUGGAGGUUAUCAGAUGAGAUUACAAGAAGGAGAUUUGAUCUCUGAUUUCAGCAGGUGUGAGUUUAAUUAUGGCGUCAUUUGGCAGGAAGAUUGACUGUGAUUCAUCAUCUUUUCUAGAGAAUAUGGAUACUCUGUUAAAGAUGUUCGGGCACUGAUAGGCCAGCAUGAAAUCACUGCCCACAGAUUUCUGCAAAAUUCACUCAUUAUUUACAAAGCUUGUACCCUGGUGUGUUUGUUCAUGUCAGUUUGACAUAUUUUGUAAAAAAUAAAACCAUUCCACAAAAUUCAACUUAUUUUCUUUGGCCACAAUUACGAAAAAUGCUCAACCAAAAAUGUGAAAUUUGCAGAUUCUGUGUGGGUUAAGGCAUAACAUGUCCAGGUCAUAUUUCACUUCUAAAAUCAAAAGCAAUAAAUAAGAAACCAUAUUUUACAUAAAGAAAAUGAAGCACUGCUUUUGUUUUGCAUGUCAUUUUCAUAACAGUGAAACACAUUUUACCUUCAAAUUGCCUUUACCGUAUUCCAUCAGUAUAUUUUGCUUUUGAGUUUUCUGUUGUUAUAAUCAUUACCCAUAAAUGAUUGUAAUUACAAUAAGGUAUUUUUUCUUAAUUAAAGUAAAAUAAAUAAAAUGUAAAAUAAGCAUAAAUGAAAAGCAGUUUGCUUUAUGCUAAAAAUAACAUCAUGAACAUUAAUUGUACAAAAUAAAAGAAAUCUAAAUUCUUUAAAUAAGCUUUGUUUUCUUUAGGCAAAAUAUGAUUUCUUAUUUUCCUUUUGACUAUAUUUGACGUUUUGUGAAAAAUGCCUAGGAUCCAGGAGGAGUUUGUAUUUAGAUUUCUAUUUUAAACUCCACACAAAAUCUGCACUAAUAGUGGCAUUUUCUGAUUGCUAGCCAUACUAAGUAAUUUGACUGAACUCGUAUUAGGGAUCGGCAUGCAAUGGAUGGGUUUUAAACAACUUUUUGCCACCCUCCAGGAGUCAUUAUUCAACCUUUAAUCAACAUGAUGUUCUAGGAAACAAGGAUAAUUCCCAUAAUUGGAUUCUCACCAUUAUGGAAGCUUGAAUUGAAAGCCGAGAUUUGCCGUUAAGUAAUUGCAACUCUAAAGUCAUCGCUGGAAAACCGUUUCACGUACAAUAAAUAAGUGUUUACCUAAAAAAGUCCAACGUCGCACUCCAGUCUCUACAUCAACAGUUGCCUUACUGUCAAUCUUCACCUGUACAUACGGCUUUGUGGCUUUUACCCCACAACAGGUGGUCUGGUAAACACACACAAACACAACUCUCAUCAUUGUUUCACAAUGUACAAUGUAGCAUUAUGUUAUACUUUGUACAACACAGGAAAAAUAAACUUUUAGAAAGUU